GCUGUGCGGACAGAGGGACGGACGGAGCGGGCGGUCAGGACUGAUUACCGGGGGGACUCAGACCCGUGGGAUUUGCUUCAGGUUUAAAAGCGACAGUCUUCACGCAGAGUUGGACUCUCAGAGCAGGGAAAAGUCCAGGGCAACAGCUCUGGAGCCUCAGCUGCGGUGAAAAAAAAAAAAAAAAAAGGUUUGGGAGUUUUGUCUUGUGACAGCUGCUGCCAGGCUGGAAAGGCUCGGUGACCAGGAGGUGAGCUGUCACCAUCCUCCCAGCUGUCUCUGAGAGAAUUGAUCCGUCGAGCGGCAUCCUGGCUGCGUCUGCCUCCGUUUGCUUGUGUGAGGCUUUACGAUGAGGGGGCUUGACUGGAGAGGCCCCUGCUGACACUUCAGAUGUCCAGAUUUCCGCUCUGACUCCUGCUUCCUGAAUACAUUUGUGUGCCCCUCCCCCCUUUUUUUGUGAAGACCCCACACCGUCUGAAACCAUCAGUAUGGCCAGCCUGGUGAUCAACGAAACUGGAAUGGAGGAUUGUGGGAUUGAUGACUCCUUUAAGUACGACCUGUACGCUUCUGUGUACAGUGUGGUCUUUAUCUUGGGCCUGGUAACCAAUUGUGCUGCCCUCUUUGUGUUCUGCUUCCGGAUGAAGAUGCGCAACGAGACCACAAUGUUCAUGACUAACUUAGCAUUGUCAGAUUUAGUUUUUGUUUUUACGCUGCCUUUCAAGGUCUUCUACAAUGUGAAUCGAAACUGGCCUUUUGGAGAUGGGCUGUGCAAGGUUUCAGGAACAGCCUUCAUCACUAACAUCUAUGGCAGCAUGCUUUUUCUCACCUGCAUCAAUGUAGAUCGCUUCCUCGCAAUAGUGUACCCGUUCCGUUCACGCACCAUCCGCACUCGCAGGAAUGCAGCGAUGGUCUGUGCUGCUGUAUGGCUGACCAUCGUGGGUGGAGGAAUAUCAGUGACUUUCUUCUCUACCAUCAACAGCAAACACAGAGCUACUACAUGCUUUGAAGGCUUUUCCAAAAAAACUUGGAAGACCUAUCUGUCUAAAAUCACCAUCUUCAUUGAGAUUGUGGGUUUUCUCUUCCCUCUUUUGGCUAAUUUAGUAUGUUCCUCAUUGGUUCUACGGACGUUGAGUCGCCCAGUGACUGUUGGUCACGGAUGUGACAGCAAGAAACGUGUCCUGCGGAUGAUUGUGGUGCAUCUGACCAUUUUUAUUGUUUGCUUCGUACCGUAUAACUUCUUGCUCUUUUUGUAUGCUCUUGUGCGAACCCAGGCCUUGGCUAACUGCACCGUGGAACGCUUCGCCCGAACACUUUACCCCAUCACCCUGUGUUUGGCCAGUCUCAACUGCUGCCUGGAUCCUGUGGUCUACUACUUCACUUCAGAGAGCUUCCAGAAGAGCCUAACAAUAGGUGGCAAAGGGUCUGGAUCACGUCCUGAAAGCAUCCCCCGCAGUGACACUGAGACCCAGUACACGGCACAAAAUCUCCCGACAGACACACACACUGUGGCCAGCAAUGGAAAAGAGACAACAGUAUCUGACAGUCAGUUAUGACUCAACCUUAAUGGAGAAAAAGAAAUGGGUUUCGAAGGAAACUUUGAACUUGGACAAUUAUGCAACAAACUAAACUGUUUAGUUAUGGAAGUGGCAAACAAAUAGCCCUGCAGAUUAGUUAAGCCCUGAGGUAAAUCUUGAAGUAUGGCUUGGGCUUUUUGGAUUAAUCUACCCCUGGAGAACAAAGGAACAUAUUUGUAUUUGUUGUGAGUGAACUUUGUGGGGACCACGGAGCCACCAACAAUGGAACUACUGUGAUGGUCAAAAUAGACAAAGAGCCUCCACCAGAGACUCUAGUACAUCAUCACUCAGGCUUAACCCACAAAAAUCACAAUACUGUAGAUCAGGGGU